AUGAAGGCCGGGCCCCCGGGGAAGUGGCUUCAAAGCCACGGGGACAGAGUUUCAUGCGGCAAGGAAGGGGAAUCCGAACGAAGUUACCCACUGCUGCGUCGUUACGAGAUCCCCGGGAUCAUUAAGGGACGAGGAAGGGAAAUGUCCAUUCUACAUCACGUUGCCUUGCGCCACGGAGAUCAGAGACCCCUUGGACCAUGUCGCACUGUCUCCAUCUCUUGGCUGAAUAUGCCCUUACUUCAGAUAAAAGGGCACUUGGGGGCGAAAAGAAUUUACUGUCACAGAGUCUUGGGUUUCUUUGGAGAACUGUUGCUGCGUCUGGGCUGCGAUCCCAUGCGUGUGGACAAAUCCGACCCGGCUGCCAGCGCAAUUUUCCAGAUGAAUGGAAACUUAAGGCUAUCUGAUGUUUUAACGAAGAGAUGUAAGGAACUACGUGAAGAAAGAGAAAGUGCAGAAGCGAUACCAAUAUUUAACCAAAUUAUGAAGGCGGUUUAUGAAAACGAUUUACAGUCACUGAAGAAACUAUGUUCUUUAUGCACUCCUUUGUUACCCUUGGAAUCAAAGAUCGAUCCUUUGACAGAAGCUAUCAGAAGAGGUCAUUUGGAAGCCGCUAUGAUGCUUAUGGUUUCUGGAGCGCCCCUCUGUGGCCUGCCUCUGAUAUCCGUAACGCCCUUGCACGCGGCACACAGUCUUCCUCAGCUUCCAGUCAUCAUCCCUGUUAUCCUCAGAAAGGUAAGAUCCUCAUGA